CGCGAACGUGAGGCAUGCUGGGACUGCUUCUCGAGGCUCCCAGCUGUCCCUGCGACGGGCGCGGUGCGUAAGUCGCUGGCCAGCGGUGGCCGUUCUCCGUAAGAUGGCUGACCGGCGGCGGCAGCGCGCUUCGCAGGAUACCGAGGACGAGGAGUCUGGCGCUUCGGGCUCGGACAGUGGCGGCUUCCCGGCUCGGGGCGGCGGGAGUUGCAGCGGGAGCGUUGGAGGCGGAGACAGCGGCUCCCUUCCUUCCCAGCGCGGAGGCCGAGCCGGGGGCCUCCAUCUGCGGCGGGUGGAGAGCGGGGGCGCGAAGAGCGCCGAGGAGUCCGAGUGUGAGAGUGAGGAUGGCAUCGAGGGUGAUGCUGUCCUCUCGGAUUAUGAAAGUGCAGAAGACUCAGAAGGUGAAGAAGGGGAAUACAGUGAAGAUGAAAACUCCAAAGUAGACCUGAAAUCAGAAGCCAAUGAUGCUGCUAAUUCUUCAGCAAAAGAAGAGAAGGGAGAAGAAAAAUCUGAUAACAAAGGCACUGUCACUGGAGAGAGGCAAAGUGGGGAUGGACAGGAGAGCACAGAGCCUGUAGAGAACAAAGUGGGUAAGAAGGGCCCUAAGCAUUUGGAUGAUGAUGAAGAUCGGAAGAAUCCAGCAUACAUACCCCGGAAAGGGCUCUUUUUUGAGCAUGAUCUUCGAGGACAAACUCAGGAAGAAGAAGUCAGACCCAAGGGACGUCAGCGAAAGCUAUGGAAAGAUGAGGGUCGUUGGGAGCAUGACAAGUUCCGGGAAGAUGAGCAGGCUCCAAAGUCCCGACAAGAGCUCAUUGCACUUUAUGGCUAUGACAUUCGCUCAGCUCACAAUCCUGAUGAUAUCAAACCCAGAAGAAUUCGGAAACCCAGGUUUGGGAGUCCUCCACAAAGAGAUCCAAACUGGAUUGGUGAGCGACCAAACAAAUCUCAUCGCCACCAGGGUCCUGGUGGUACUUUACCACCAAGAACAUUUAUUAACAGGAAUGCUGCAGGUACUGGCCGCAUGUCUACACCCAGGAAUUACUCUCGAUCUGGAGGCUUCAGGGAAGGUCGUGCUGGUUUCAGGCCUGUGGAGGCUGGUGGGCCACAUAGUGAACGUUCAGAUGAGACUGUUAAGCAUGAGACUAGUUACUGGUCAAGACGAAUGGAGCAGACUCCUGUGAGAGAUCCAUCCCCGGAAGCAGAUACUCAAGUCCAUGGCAGUCCUGAGAAAGAAGCAGCAGCCUCAGAGACGCCAGCUCCUGCAGCUGACACUGUACCAGCAGCCCCUGAUAGGCCCAUAGAAAAGAAAUCCUAUUCUCGGGCGAGAAGAACUAGAACCAAAGCUGGAGAUGCUGUCAAGAUUGCAGAAGAGAUGCCUCCUCCACCUGAGUGCUUGAUCCCAGCACCUUCAGUCCCAGAAACUACCCCUACCCCGCCUGCCAAGACUGGAAACUGGGAAACUCCAGUGGAUUCUACCACCAGUGGACUUGAGCAGGAUGUGGCACAGUUAAGUAUAACAGAACAGAAUUGGACUCCAGGGCAGCCUUCAUUCCUGCAGCCACGGGACCUUCGGGGUAUGCCCAACCACAUCCACAUGGGAGCAGGACCACCACCUCAGUUUAACCGGAUUGAAGAAAUGGGUGUCCAGGGUGGUCGAGCCAAACGCUAUUCAUCCCAGAGGCAAAGACCGGUGCCAGAACCCCCUGCUCCCCCUGUGCAUAUCAGUAUCAUGGAGGGGCAUUACUAUGAUCCAUUGCAGUUCCAGGGACCAAUCUAUACUCAUGGUGAAAACCCUGCCUCACUGCCUCCUCAGGGCAUGAUUGUGCAACCAGAAAUGCAUCUUCCCCACCCAGGUUUACAUCCCCACCAGACACCAGCACCGCUGCCCAACCCAGGCCUCUAUCCUCAACCAGUAUCCAUGUCUCCAGGACAGCCACCACCCCAGCAGUUGCUUGCUCCCACUUAUUUUUCUGCUCCAGGCGUCAUGAACUUCGGUAGUCCCAGUUACCCUUAUGCUGCUGGGGCACUGCCUCCCCCGCCACCUCCUCAUCUGUAUCCUAAUACACAGGCCCCAUCACAGGUGUAUGGAGGUGUGACCUACUAUAACCCUGCCCAGCAGCAGGUACAGCCAAAGCCCUCCCCACCCCGGAGGACUUCUCAGCCUGUCACCAUCAAGCCCCCCCCACCUGAGAUUGUAAGCAGGGGUUCCAGUUAAUUUGAGUUUAUCACAUUUUAAAUCUAACAUCGUAUAAAAAACUACAGAGGUGAGAACUCAAGAGAGAAGAAAAAAGAAACUGGCUCUUUACUACCAGGAGGGCUUCAAAGAUACAGGGUGCCUCCU